AUGAAUAAUUUUCAUCUUAAUACUUCUCUUCACUUAAACCAACCAGGACAUAAUAAUGAGAAUAUGAAUCAUAAUCUGAAUCUAGAACUUGUCCUUGAACCAUCUUCUUCUUCAUCAUCAUCAUCUUCACCUAUAAUAGAGCAAAGGGUAUUUUCAUGCAACUAUUGUCAAAGAAAGUUUUACAGCUCUCAAGCUUUAGGAGGACACCAAAAUGCUCAUAAGCUUGAAAGGACACUUGCAAAGAAAAGUUGGGAGAUAAGUUCAGCCAUGCAAUCUUCUAAUUAUGUUGAAUUACCAGAACACCCUUCAUCAAACUUCAAUUCUCAUUUUGAUCAUAACAAUCAUGUGAUGAGAUAUGGUGGUGGUGGAAGAAAAGAUAAGUUUAGUUAUGGUAAUUCUAAGGAAGGUCAUGUGGCUUCUUGGUCAAGGGGUUAUAAUACUACUACUUCUGAACAUGUUCAAGAGGAUAUUAGCCAACUUGAUUUGUCCUUAAGACUUUGAAAUUCAAUUAAGCACUAUACCCUUAAUUUGCUUCUAUGAGUCACAUAUAUUCGUGAAUAUAAUUGAAGCAGUACCCAAGUUAUUA